AUGGCUCGACGUUGGUGUUGCAUUAUGGACUGUAAUUGCAGCGAGUUGUUGAAGAGAGGUGUUGCUGCUGAGGAUGCAACCACUAGCUCCUCUGCAACAUUAAAUUCAACCAUGAUGAUGUUUACUUCUUCUCUUCCGACGUUUUCAUCUUUCUUUUCAGAUUUUCAAUCAAACAAGGCUUCUUUAAUGGGUGAUCACUCUGCUCCGAUGAUGAUGCAAUCUUUACUUCCCGAUACUUCUCAUACAAGUUUAUUGUACACUACUUUUAUUCGAUCAUUUUCAUCAUGCACUCAUCAAGUGAUGGUCAUGGAGAGCGAAAAUACUUGUAUCACUUUUUUGCCAAUUCUAGACAUUGAUGAUCCGAACGCAACUGUAAACAAUAGCACAGCACGAUCACUUCAACAUACACCUCCCUCGAUGGCCAUGUUGUUGAUGGUUGCUGAUGUUCAAAACAGUGGUGAAGACAAUGAAAAUAAUGACGAAAAUUUGGAGAGCGAAGAAAAUAGAGACGAGUUCAAACAAUUAAAGAAAAAGAAGAAAAAUAGAUCUAAUACUAUUUAUCAACACUUUUGCAAUGAGACCUUUUUGAAAGCGUUGGAGUCAGUAAUUUAUUUAUUUAUUAGUAAGACCACUUUGUCAUCUAUCACAAACAAGCAACCAUCAGACAAAGUGGCCAAGAAAAUACCUCAAGUGAAAAUUAUUUUAAACUCAUUGACCGAUAUCAUUACAUACCUAUUACAACCUUCCUCUCCUUACAAUCAACCAUUUAAAAAAUCGUAUGAGACGGAUGAAGAUGCAAGAUCCAUGACAAGCUCCUUUCUUCAACAACCAUUCGAACAAUUAUGUUUAAGACCUGGAAGAAAAACUUUAAAGUUUCCUGAUGCUAAGGAAGUAGAACUUCUCUUGGUCAAAUGCAUGAAUUAUCUCCUUACUCAAUUCAAAAAUACUCUAUUGUGCUCUGCUAUUUAUGUGAAUGCUGGUUUGUUUUUUUGUGGGGUCGAAUGGCACAAGUAUCUCAAUCAACAACAGUUGACAGCUCUUUCUAUUUAUUUAAAUUCUUUAUCUCAUUCAGAAAAUGAUGCUACUGUUCGUGAUAUUCCUCUAGUAUUACGUGAAAAUGUCAACACUAGGUUUUUGUGCAUCAAAUUAAUUGACAAUAUCCACUACUGUGCAAUAGUAACUGGAGAUUUAAAGGGUUACGACAUUGUAAGCGCAAUUCAGACAAAGAGUGAGGACUGGUCUAGAAGUAUUAUUCGACUAUCAGGCAUCUUGACAAGACCAUUCCUCUCAUUCGUUCAAGAGCUGGAUGAAAAGAAUGAAAUCACAUCAGAUAUUCAAAAAAUGGCUAAAAUUAAGGCUUUGCUCUUCAUGAGCAAUUCAACAGGUUCAUCACCCUACUUUAUCUAUGAAAAUUUUGUUAAUAACGAUACAAGUCCUUUGACAUAUGAAAUAAUUGAACAUUCUAUAAGGGAAUUCUAUAUUAAUUCCAUGAUGACUGUUUUUGACGUGUUCCAUCCACAACAAGGGGAUGAAUUUAAUCUUGAUAUCAAUGAAACAUACACAAUCACCAAACAAUUUACAAUCAUUGCUUUCAAGAAAAAUCACAGCAUGCUGUAUUGUGUGUUUGAUAGCACUUGUCCUCGCUAUGAAUGCUCAACCAUUACAAGAGAAAUCAUGCAACUGAUUUCUAAAAAGAAUUUACAAUAA